AUGGCAGAACCAAAGAUCAAACAGGCACCACUCGCUGAUCCAGCACUGCUCAAAAAGAUCGAUGAGUUGUUCGCUUGCGGCGUUGGUGAAUACAUUGACCUCCCUCAGCUUGUUGUGGUUGGAGAUCAAUCCAGUGGCAAGAGCUCUGUGCUGGAAGGACUCACCGGACUGCCCUUUCCUCGAGACAGCGGUCUCUGUACUAGAUUCGCUACGCAGAUUAUCUUCCGUCGAAUGAAAAAUCUAACUACCGGCAGGAUUAUUGGAUCGAUUCUCCCAGCAGCGAAUUCUUCCGCUGAGCAUGCCGAUAAGCUGCGUGAAUGGAGCACUGCGGCCGGUGUCUUAGAUCCGACCGACUUUUCGAGCACCAUGCACAAAGUUCAUGAAGUGAUGGGGAUCUCCACUCCCGAAAAUCGUACCCACUUGACAUUUUCAAAUGACAUCUUCCGUUUAGAGAUACGUGGUCCCAAAGAAGACCAUCUCAGUGUGAUUGACGUUCCGGGAAUCUUCAUGAACACGACAUUCGGCAAGACUACGCGAAAGGACAUGGAGCUAGUUAGGGAUAUGGUAUUCAGCUAUACGAAAAACCCUCGUUCCAUCAUGCUCACCGUGGUGCCGGCAAAUGUCGACAUCGCCACGCAGCAAAUAAUUGAGAUGGCCCGGCAAGUUGAUCCAGAAGGGGAUCGCACCCUGGGGGUUCUCACGAAGCCGGAUCUAGUGGAUAGUGGAGCUGAGCAGAAGGUGAUUGAUCUCGUAACGGGACAGGACAUGAUUCUCAAACACGGUUGGAUCCUGGUGCGCAAUUUGAGUCAACGCGAGUUAUCGGGUAAAAGGGUAGACCGCGAUGCUAAGGAGGCUGAAUGGGGCUCGAAAAAACCUUGGAAUUGUAUCCCCUCUGAUAGAUUCGGUGUCGAAUCUCUGAAGGCGAGACUGCGAGAAGCCGUCACCGACAACGCCCGUCGUGCCUUGCCUCUAGUUCGUACAGAAAUUCUGAGGAGAUUGAAGGAGUCGAAAGACGAAUUACACAGAAUGGGUGGCGAGAGAGAUACUCAAGACCAACAGAUGAACUACCUUCUUAACAUUGUAUCCAGAUUCCAGGAGAUCACCAACCAAGCCCUGAAUACCCAUUAUGGCGCGAAUGAAGUAUUCGAUCAGUAUCCAGAGCUCCGUCUGGCUACGCUAGCCGUGACCCGCAGUAUUUCGUUCAGUGAUGAUCUUACAAAAUGGGGCCAUGAAUAUCAAUUCAAAGAGGAAAACACGGACACCUUGGAAGACAAGUGCGCCGAGCCAACCGGAGACAUCUCCCAGUCACAACAUUCAAUCGAGACGCGGAAGACCCCUAACGUGCUGGCACUUGCCACCAUAGUACCCGAUAACAGUUUGGAGCUGUCUCCCUCAAACAGCGACAUUCAUCAAUGGCUCAAUCAGGUAUACACUGCUUCUCGAGGAUUCGAAAUUGGCACGUUUAAUACGAGGCUACUCUCCACAAUCAUGAAGAAACAGUCUCAAAAGUGGACAAACUUUGCGCGAGGCUACGUUGGUGAUAUCAUCGUCUAUGUGGAUCAAUUUAUACGCAAGGCACUGGAGCUGGCUUGCAUUGAUAAGCGAGCUUUUGAUCAACUUGGGUUGAUUUUGUUUAACAAGGUCUCCGAAAAAUACCAAUCCGCCUUGAAGCAUGUUGACUUUCUUCUGGAAGUGGAGCUCGAUGGUACAUUAAUGACUCAGAACCAAUAUUUCAAUGAAUCCCUGCUGAAAAGUCGCGAGGACCAAAUUCAUGCACAGCUGAAGAACAAGACGUUCCAUAUCAAUGUGGGUGAAGAGGUAGUCAGGCUCAGCGAUAUACAACUUCGCCAUAGUAUCAGCAACACCGAACAAACCAUUAGGGAUAUCCACGAUAUUCUGCAAGCAUACUACAAUGUCGCUGUCAAGCGAUUUGUGGAUAGCGUUUUCAUGCAGGCAGCUGAUCAUUACCUAAUGAAUGGACCCGAUUCACCUCUUAGGGAGUUCAAUACCUCGUUUGUCUCCAAACUAUCGCAAGCUAAGCUGCAGGAGAUUGCUGGGGAAGCGCCGUCCAGCCAAAAGAAGCGAUUACGGUUGAAGAGAACGAUCAAGAAUCUGGAGGACGGGCGCUUGAUUCUCCUUUGA